AAUCCAUCUGUAAAUUAAAAUGACCAAAAGACCUCAAAUCUAUGCUUUCCCGUACCUUUCCUUCUUUUUGCUCUGCCUUUUUGCACCACCAUCUUCAUCCUCUGUGAAACCUAAAUCUUACCAUACAAACUCAUAAGUAUCUCUCUCUCUCUCUACAGAAAGAGAAACCCAUUUCCAUUUUAACUUCAAGGAGAGAGAGAGAGAGAGAGUAAGUUUGCAAAAAUCCAUUUCUAUUCUCCAUUUGUAUUAUGUCUUUCACUUUCUUCAUUUGUUAAAGAUCAUCAUUAUUUAAAGGUGCAGCCUUUAAGCUUUUUUAUGUGUACUUUUGUUGGGUUUUUUUCUUAGGCUCAAUAAAUGGCAUCAAGUUUUCAUGAAUGGGAAUCUGACCCAUUAUUCUCAGCUGCUGAGGUGGUUCAAGAUUCUGCUGACAGGAUGGAGUCGCUUUUUCGCCUUCUAUUGCAUGAGCAGAAUCUUGUUCGGAGUGAACAUCCCGACCCAAGAUUGCUUUCAUCAAUAGAAUAUCAUAAGCGCGAUCUUGCUACCAUACUUGGAACUGCGAAAUGGCAGCUGGAAGAUUUUGAAAGAGCUGUUAAUUCAUCAAGCAUAGCGAACAAAUCUCAAGCCAGAGAAGAUGUGAUUUCCAGGCACAGGCAGUUUAUUAUAGCCAUUAGAGAACAUAUAAAUGAAGUGGAGAAAAGUGUGAAGGGCCGUUCAAUGGAUGAUUCCAUGAGAAACUCUGAAUGGGUUAAUUUAAAUGACCAAGACAGAGAUGUAUUAGCAUCAUUUCUUACAGGAGGAAAUCCCACUGAAAAUAUGCAUCCUUAUGAAAUGGAAGAAAGUAGCAUUUUGAGAAGAUUCCUUGAUCCAAACUCAGGUGUUAGUUUAAAGGAUAAUGAAAUUGUUGAGCAUGACAGCAGAGAAUUUGAGAGGGUAAAAAUGAUUGGAGUUGGGCUUGCUGAUCAUUAUCUUGACUCUGCAAAUGAGGAUAAGAGAAAUGUUGCUUCACAUAACUCCACCGGAUUAGGCUCAGAUAUGAUGAACUCUCAGCAAGAGAUCCAUCAUGACAGGCAUGUUGGUGAUGAUCACUGGGACCUGGAAGCUAAUGAAGCCAAAUCUAAGAGCUUCUUCAAUGAGAUCAAGUCAAGAGGUAUCUACAGCAUCAUGAUCUUCUUUGGUUUCUUGAGCAACCUAUGGACUGCUCAUAGGAACAGAGUUGGUAGGAACUAUACAAAGAGGUUGAAAGAUGGAGAAGAAUAUAGGCAUUCGCCUACUUACACUGAAUCGUCUCAUUCUGCACAGGGUCAUUGUCUAGGACAAAUGCUAGGAUCUGGAUACAGAAGCCUCCAAGGAAUAUGCUUUAGAUUGCAAUCAGAAGUAAUGCACCUGGGCAGCAGCCUUGGGGCAAGAUAUCAAAGAUUUCCCUAUCAUUUCGAAUUUAAUCGACAUUCAAUGAAAAUGAUAUUGACAACAAUUCUUACCCUCAUAUUUUUGGGUAUAUUGGUGUCCAGAAUUGUUUGAAGAUGGUAAAUUGCUGCUAAAAUCUGCAAGCAGCUAAGUGUUCUGACCGAAAGUUAGUUGGUCGCAACUUCUACCUUGCUGACGGGAAAGGUGUAGCUGCUAAUGAAUGAUGAAAAGAUGAAUUUGCUGGUCAUGUUAUGACUAAUGGUCUCCACUGGUAAUGCAUUUUGAAAGUGUAACUGUGGAUUCGGCGGACAGAAUCCAGGUUUUUCUUUUUUUGGCUGUUUGUGAUGGCUUUUUAUUAGCAUUUCAUGAUAGCAUAGUGGCAUUGGUGAGUGGCAGAAGAUUAGAAUUUUAUUUGUAUAGUUACGUCAGUAAGCCAAGGCGUUAUUGAGUAUGUAUAUAUUCUUUGAGUGGCAAAAGAUGCUGGUCAUAUCUUCACUCGUUCACCCGCUUUAUUGGCCGAAGGAUCCAUGUUAUCCUCUAGGACCUCUACAUACAUAUUCUUUGAGUACAUAUUGGAACUUGCACGCUACUGACUAUUUA